AUGCCGUUCGGGCAGAUCGUCAUCGGCCCGCCAGGGUCGGGGAAGACCACGUACUGCAAUGGCAUGCAGCAGUUUAUGCAGCUUCUAGGAAGGAAGGUGGCAGUGGUCAACAUGGAUCCAGCCAAUGAUCGCCUCCCGUACGAGUGCGCAGUGAACGUGGAGGAGCUGGUUCGCCUGGAGGACGUGAUGGGGCAGCACGGACUGGGGCCCAACGGAGGUCUCGUGUACUGCAUGGACUACAUCGAUAAGAACUUCGACUGGCUGCAGAGCAAGCUGAAGCCCCUUGAAAAGGACCACUAUUUCCUCUUCGACUUCCCCGGGCAAGUGGAGCUCUUCACUCUGCACUCCAGCGCUCAGAGCAUCAUCAAGCGCCUCACCGACAAGAUGCACUACAGACUAGCGGCAGUGCAUCUGGUGGAUGCGCAUCUGUGCAGCGAGGCACACAAGUACGUGGCGGCGCUGCUGCUGUCGCUGCAGGCGAUGUUACAUUUCGAGCUGCCACACGUCAACGUGCUCUCAAAGAUAGACCUCGUGGAGGCAUACGGGCCCCUGACAUUCAACCUCGACUUUUACACGGACGUGCAGGACCUCUCGUACCUGCAGGAGCAUCUCGAGAGCGAUCCUCGCAACAAGCGAUACUCCCUGGACACUGUUCUUCUGUUUGGUUUGAAUCUGUCACUUCUCCCUGGUCCCUUUCCCGCUUCUCCCCCAAAACCCUACACCCUUCCACCACUCCCCCCCUCCCCCGCUCCCUUCUUCCCCUUCCCCUGUCCCCCUCGCCCCCUCGCUCCCAACGCACAUGCCAGCAAGCUAACAUCAGCAGUGUGUGAAGUGGUGGACGAUUUCGGGCUCGUCUCGUUUGAAACACUUAACAUUCAGGUGGGCUGA